AUAGCGUCGCCAUUUUCGCUGCUCUUUGUGCGCCCCUGUCUGCUCAGUCCCUCUCGCUUUCCUUACGGUUUUCGUCGACUUUUUAAUUCACAUUUGUUGACAAAACAUGCAAGGCUACAGAGGCCCCCAACAGAACCACGGCCCCAACCGCCCGGGGAACCACCUCAAAGGCGACGGGCCCAACAGCAACGGACAGCAGCCGGAGUCGAGCGAGCAAACCAGCCCCAACGCGGGCUUGACGCUGGACCCGCAGAGCUUCAGGAAGCCCGGGGAGAAAACCUUCACCCAGCGGAGCAGGCUGUUCGUGGGGAACCUGCCCACCGGAGUCACCGAAGAGGAGCUGGUCAAGCUAUUCGCGAAGUACGGGAACGCCAGCGAGAUCUUCGUCAACAAGGACCGGGGUUUCGGGUUCAUCCGCCUGGAGACCAGGAUCAUCGCGGAGAUCGCCAGAGCGGAGCUGGAUGACUUCGUGUUCAAAGGCAGACCCAUCCGGGUGAGGUUCGCCACACACGGCGCCGCACUGUCCGUGAAGAACCUCCCAGAGUUUGUGUCCAACGAGCUCCUGGAGGAGGCCUUCUCCGUCUUCGGCCAGAUAGAGAGGGCUCUGGUGAUCGUGGACGACCGGGGCAGGCCCACGGGGAAAGGCAUCGUGGAGUUCACCGCCAAGCCGGCUGCUAGGAAAGCUCUGGAUAAAUGCAACGAUAGCGCCUACCUCCUCACAGCGUUCCCCCGGCCCGUCACCGUGGAGCCCAUGGAGCAGUUCGACGAGGACGAGGGUCUGCCGGAGAAGCUGAUCAACAGGAACCAGCAGUACCACAAGGAGCGCGAGCAGCCCCCCCGGUUCGCCCAGCCCGGCUCCUUCGAGUACGAGUACGCCAUGCGCUGGAAGGCCCUGAUGGAGAUGGAGAAGCAGCAGUACGAGAUGGUCGACCGAAACAUGAAGGAGGCGCAGGAGAAGCUGGAGGCUGAGAUGGAGGCGGCCAGACACGAGCACCAGGUGAUGCUGAUGAGGCAGGACCUGCUGAGGAGACAGGAGGAGCUGCGGAGGAUGGAGGAGCUCCACAGCCAGGAGGUGCAGAAGAGGAAGCAGGCCGAGCUGAGGCAGGAGGAGGAGCGCCGGAGGAGAGAAGAGGAGAUGAGGCUGCGCAACGAGGAGAUGAUAAAGAGGCAGCAGGAGGGCUUCAGGGGCGGCUUCCCCGAGAACAGAGAGCAGGAGAUGAGGAUGCACAUGGGGGGCCACGGCAUGUCCAUGAACAGAAAUUCCCUGGGUGGGAACUCGGGUCCCGCCGGCGCUGCUGGCAUGGCCGCGGAGGGCGCUCCUAUGAUGGCGGGCUCAGGUAGCGGCAGCCUGCCCGCAGGGGGCCAGGGCGGCUUCCCCAGAGGGCUCCCCGGCCCCGGAGACUAUAACAAGCAGCGCAGAUUUUGAAUCACAUGUCUGUCUUUUUUUUUUCUUCCCCCUCCUCAUUUUUCAGCUCACUGUAUGUUAAAGUUUAAGGUAGUGGAUGUUACCCUUGAACUUUUUAAAAGAAAACAGUUUUAUUUUGUACUUUUUCCUGUGUUUAUUGAGUCGUUUCAGUACUAAUGCAUUUUUUUCCAAAUGAGCCAUGCACAUGUGUACGUUAUUUCAGAUUUUUUUUUUUGUAGGGUAGAUAAUGUUUUUGGUCCUGAAUAUGUUACAUUUUCUGUAAUAAAUUCAUAAUUCCUUAAAAAAAAAGAAAAAAGAAAGUCUUUCAUUCAGGAUAGAAAAGCUUCACAGCAAUGGUGGCUAAUAUUAUUCAGCACACACCGACAACCUCACUUUUAAUAACUGCACUUGUUAGGAUGUUCCUGUCUGCUACAGAUUUACAGUCGUCCCUGCAAAUCUAUGCCAACUCUUAAACGUCUUUUCUUGCAGUUGCAGAAGAUACAUUAAAAUUGUCAGAAUGUCCCCAGGUGAAUCAGCGUAUUGGACACUACAAAACGUCAAAAGCAGACGGCUUCUUUUCCUAUUUACAUUUUGUAAAAAGGGCACAAACACUGAAGAGACGCUGCUGCUUCUUGACUGGAGAUUGUCAAAAUCGCAGACAGGAGAGAAAAAAUGUACUGCUAAUUAUAUUAUGCCACAUAGGUUUGAAUCCAAGGGAAAUUUUAAUUUGAAUAAACUGAUCAUCCACAUUCAUGCAUCAAAGAGGAUGUCCUUUCAGUUUAUCUGAUUUGUUAUUAAAUGCAGAAAUGUGCACAAAAGCUGUUUGGCUGAUGAGUUUAUUCACAAAUGAAUACUGGAUGCAUCGAAUCAACAGGAGGAAAAAAAAUUGAUUUUUUAAAUUUUUCACCUGCCUAUGAAGUAAAAAUUGACUGUCAGCAAGAGAGUCUUGAAAUUUAAUGGUGCCCUGGGUUCAAUGACAAUAUUGCAAAAAUAAUUUGGGAAAAAAAAUUCUUCUAAUUUACCAGACAAGCAACAAUUUCCUCAACUUCUGUUAAAAUAUACAUAUUGAUGAUUACACUUAUGGGUAACACAUUAUUUUAGAGUUUAAAAGUUGCCUUAAAAGUGUGACCUUUUAAGACAACAAAUAUGUCAAUAUUGAUACAUAAAUGUAAGACAAAAUGUGGAUUAAACAACUAAUUUUAGCAGCAAAUUUAAGGUAAAAAAAAUAACUCAUUGGACAGAAUGGUUUGCUUUGAAGAUUGUACCUGUAAGUUUCCUGUGAAUGUGUUGGAUCCUUCUUUCAGCCAGCUGAUGAACAGGGUGCAGCAAAAGAAGAGGAAGGGAUUGGGAUGCAUUAUUAUUUGCCUUGAAAUGAAAGAAUGGCAUGAAAAAAAAUCCUCCUGCUCUUUUGAAAUGUAACUUUUUAAAACCUCAGCUCACCCUGACACUGUGAGCGUGGCCAUGCCUAAUGUCACUCUGGUCGCCACGAGCUGCAGCGCAAGUUCAAGUUGCUAGCAGAGUUAAAAGCUAAAAGGGCCUCAUCUAAACAAAAUGAGAAGCACAAACUACAUAUGGUGUGAUUUUAAUUAGAGCUGAACUAUUUAGCAAAUCACUUUUUGCAUAAAUCUAAAGGACAGCUCGGAAGCAAUAUGUCGGAGGGUCUUUUUCUUUCUCCGUUUGAUAUAAAGUGUGACAAAACUCAGAGUGUGUUCAUACUGCACUUGUUGAGCAGUCAGAUGGACUCACUGCUCUGGAUGUUCUCUUCUGGCAUUUAAUCAUCAAGAUGAUGAAGACAAGAGUGAAGGAAACCGUAGCUUCUUCCCAGUUCGCACCAUCGUCACAACACUAACUAACACUAACAUGGCAUGUUUGGGUUUUCCUAACAUCACUUUCUGACGCAGAUAUUCAUUACAGACGUUUAUUCAUAUUUUUUGUUGUUGUUUUCAUGUUUUAACUUGUGUGCGUUUGCAUGACUCCAAUUUUGUCUGUCACUCUUGUAUUUUCGUUUAAAUCUCAUUAAGCAAAUGAAUUUUCAUUUUCAAGAAAAAUCUGUUCCAACAUUUGCUGCGAGUGCACCUGAAUUUUCCCACAAUAAAGAACAAUAAAGGAUAUUUCUAUUUUC